UGAACGUAGAUCAAGGGCAUUAUUGUCAUGAUCUUCUUGUUAGACAUCUCUUCGCCGAAGAAGACUGCUUGAAGAGGAGAGAGAAAGUACACUUUACCCACAGUCACAAUGCAAUCCGCCAUGGUGAUGAGCUCCACUGUGGGGGCUCUUCUCAACCCUAAUCCUCUCUUUAUUACCUGCAAUUUUAGACCCUCAAAUGGUGGCUUCUACCCGAACCAGAAGUGGGUUCCUCCGCAUAGAUGGAGUUGCAGGGCCAAAUGUAUCAGAGCUUCCAUUUCUGACGAAGAAGAACCGAGCAGAGAGGUAGAGAGAGAAAGAAGAGGAGGGAAGGAGUUGUUGCUUCUGUCCUUUGCACCACUCCCUCUCCUUCUUAUUGGAGCACUCCCAGGAGCUGAGAUUGCAAGGGCGGUAUUUGGGCCGUUUGCUGAGACAGUGAAGACAUGGGACGUUCCCAAUGGGCUUCUUCAUUGGGGUCACCCUGGAAACAUGGCGGUUGUUUGUUUGGCAAUGGGAGGUUAUGGAUCAUACUUGGGUUUCAGAAUUAAAUACUCUGAUGACUUGGAAGAGAAGGCCAAAGCAAAGGACUUGCACCCUAAAUUGUUAGGAGGCAUGUUCUUCUUUGUCGUGGUGGGCGCAACCGGGGGAAUUACGUCCCUUCUCACUUCAGAUAAGCCCAUCUUUGAAAGUCCUCAUGCUGUUACUGGUUUACUUGGCCUCACGCUCCUCACAGUUCAGACAAUCUUGGCCACAUCAUUCGAGGGGAACCCUGGACUACGAAGUGUACAUGGUGUGCUGGGAACGGGUAUCAUGGGUUUGUUCCUGGUUCAUGCAAUCUUCGGCCUUCAGCUUGCUUUGAGCUACUGAUUACUUUCAGAAUAUCAAUUCAUCGUCAAAAUCAGUUCCAAACAUUAUUGGCCUUAAGCCUUGUUUGAAUUCACUCUCCCAUUUCCUUGGUCACCAAUUUUGAAUUUGCCAUGCGGUGGUGGAUUUUGUUAGUGAAUAAUGUAAAGGGUGUGGUUUGUAUAAGGCUGAGGUUCUAAACAAUCAAAGUAAGGCCCACCUUUAACUAGUCUCGAAAGAUAUUAUUUCAGUACUAGAAAUAAUUGUGAUAGCCUGAAAAUUUCUUUU